CCCAAGCGGGCUGCACAUGAGGCCAUGUGCUGCACACGCAAAAACACGGUUGGCGAGCGAAGCGGAGCAGCGAAGCUGCGCAGCGGAGCCGCCAGCCGUGUUUUUGCGUGUGCAGCACAGGCCUCAUGUGCAGCCGCACAGGCCACGGCGCUAGCGAUUUGGACGGAUUUUGGAACGACUGCCUUCGAGGCCUUUCGACGGCCGCGAACUCUACGUUCGCGCGCCGCAACCGCGCGCAGCAGCUGCCAGACAUCCGAGGGCACCGCGACGCUAAAAAUUCUAGCUCUAAAUGGCUUUAGACGCGCGCGGCGCGCGAAAGACGCGUUCGCCGAGAAUCGCCGAGAUGCAAUUUUUCACGCCCUUCCGUUUUUGCGAACUUUGAGGCCCACGGCAUCGUUUCGCGUGAGUUCUGGGACGCAGCGAAACCUCUGA